UCGAACACGACCUUUUACUCGUGGCCUUCAGAAUAGUUAAUGUUUAAAAGAUCUUCAGCGGUCGGUUCCUAACCUAUAAAAUAAACCCACUUUAAGCCAUAUUACGUGUGGAGACUCUGAAUGUGAUAAAAUGUUGCAAACGAUCCAGUGCUGUUUGACGUUUGCCCUCCUGGUGACAUCGGCCUUGGGUGACCAUGAAGGCCACAAUCACGCAGAACAUUCAGCAGAUCACCAUGGAGAAUCACCAUGUGAAGGACUCGGACCUAUCAAUGCCAACGUUACCUUUGCCUUCACCCUGUACAAUAAACUCUCCAGCCAUGCUGAUACCAAAGGCAAGAACAUUUUCUUCUCUCCGCUGAGCAUCUCACUGGCUCUGUCCAUGCUGGCUCUGGGUGCCAAGGGUGUGACACACUCACAAAUAGUCAACACUCUGGGCUACAGUUCCUUCACAGAGGAUCAGGUAAAUGAGGCCUAUGAGCACCUGCUGCAGGUACUGGGGCACAGCCAGGAGGCCAGGCUGCUGGAGAUAGGAGGUGGUCUGGCUGUCCAAAAAGGCUUCAAACCUGUUGACAAGUUUCUGAAGGAUCUUCAGCACUUCUACCAUGCAGAGGCCUUUAGUGUGGACUUUUCCAAACCUGAAGUUGCUGUUGAAGAGGUCAACAAAUUCAUUGCCAAGAAAACCAAGGACACCAUCACUGACAUGAUCAAGAGCCUGGAACCAGAAACAAUCAUGGUGCUCAUCAACUACAUCUAUUUCAAAGGUAAGUGGGAGAAGCCUUUCCUAGCGGACGCCACCCGCAAAGCCAACUUCUAUGUGGAUGAGAACACGAAGGUCACUGUGGACAUGAUGAAAGCAAAGGAUGAACAAUACAAUAUAUAUAUAUCCAAGAACAUAACCCUUAUCAAGUUGCCCUACCAUGGAAAUGCUUCCAUGGUGAUCAUUCUUCCCAGUGAAGGAAAAAUGGACGAAGUGGAGAAACACAUUACCAAUGAUCAGCUCAAGGACUGGAUAGGCAAAGCCCGCCAAAGGUCUGUGGAACUUUAUGUGCCCAAGUUCUCCAUCUCUGCCUCAGUCUCUCUUGGGGACACUCUAAAGGAACUGGGUAUAAUUGAUGCAUUCUCGGACAAGGCAAACUUCUCUGGGAUAAGUGAGGAUAUAGAACUGAAGGUUUCCAAAGUUCUCCACAAGGCAGUCCUCAGUGUUGAUGAGAAAGGCACUGAAGCAGCUGGUGCCACCACUGUAGAGAUAAUACAGAGGGCUAUGCCAUUACCCAUCAAAAUUAACAGACCCUUCCUGGUCUUCAUUGUGGAAGAAGCUGUCAAGAACAUCCUCUUCUUGGGCAAGAUCAUCAACCCUACUGAAUAAUAACAGCCAGCCCUAGCACAGUCUAAUGAACUAGCUUUGUUAUUUUAUUUUAAAUAUAUUAGCAAGUGCAUACGGGUCUUGCUGUUGCUUAUCAAUUUUACACUGGCAUAUUUUGUUCAGGUGAAAUAACAAGCAAACAAUCAAUGUCAUAAUAAAAGUGAAAAAGAAAAAUAAAUGUUGUGGAUGAUUCUUGCAAAUCAAUCAUCAUGGAUUUCUGCAGCGCUCCAUUAUCUGCUAGCACGUUAUUGGACAGGAGCAGACAGUGCAGCAGUGAGCGAUAGCAACUGUGUGUUAGUGAUGUGAUGAAACAGAGGUUAAGGGUUUCUGGAACGCUGAAAUCCAUCUCGACAGAAACUGAACCUACAGGCAGAAUUAUUUUCAGUUCAAGAAAAGAAGCAAAAAUGAAUUAAAUUAAACAGGAUGCUAUAAAGUUUUAUUU